AUGCUCACCCCAGAAAUAUUUGAUACAACGUUUUCAGAGCAUGCCGGUAGGGAACCAGAAUCUGAUCGCCCAGCCAAUCUUCCAGCUGGAGAGGCGGACCAACUCAACAAAUCCCUCGUGGCGGCCCUCCGAGAGCAAGUCACUGUGCUUGCCAAUGGCAGCCCUGCAAGCCACACCGAAACCGAACCAACUCCAUGCGUACAGUACAUAGCAAGAGCUGUGCCAGAUGCCAUAUCACUGUAUUGUCGCCUUUCCCCCUCUCCCGGACAUCCCUGUAGGGAAUUCAUCAUCGCUUUUCUGAAGCACAACCUCCGCGCAGACAUCGACUGCGGCACAGUUCCUUCUACCCCUGCCGGCUCUCAUGUACGGCCAGACCAUCAUAUGUUCUGCGUUAGCUCCAUGAAGAGGGCAAAGGAUCGCAAUGCUUCAUAA